AUUAUUUGCGCCUUUUUCACUCUCUCUUCAAUAGCAAGCAAACACUGCAGUGGCCUCGGAGGAGGAGGAGGAGAGAGGGAGUGUGUUUGUCUGUGUGAAUAGCCACCCAGAAUUUCAACACAAACAAACAUGGCAUCAUCAUCAAGAGCCACCGCCACCGCCCACGCCAACGGGCCCACAGCAAACGGCGACCACCACAGGCCCACGGCAAACCACAGCAGCGGCAGCCGGCACCAGCACUACUACCCCCCAACGACGCCGUAUCGGUCCUCGUCCUCGUCGGCUUCGUUCAGAGGCUGCUGCUGCUGCCUCUUCCUGCUCUUCUCCCUCCUGGCGCUCCUGGUCCUGGCCGUCGUCCUCGUCAUAAUCCUGGCCGUGAAACCCAAGAAGCCGCAGUUCGAUCUCCAACAAGUAGGAGUCCAGUACAUGGGCAUCAACUCGCCCAAUCCCACCACCGACCCGAACCCGAACCCGGCCUCCUCCGCCUCUCUCUCCCUCAGCAUUCGCCUGCUCUUCUCCGCCGAGAACCCCAACAAGGUCGGAAUCAAGUACGGCGAGUCCAGGUUCACCGUCAUGUACCGCGGCAUCCCACUGGGCAAGGCCUCCGUCCCCGGCUUCUUCCAGCAGGCCCACAGCGUCAGGCAGGUCGUCGCCACCAUCGCCGUCGAUCGCGCCAAUCUCAUUCAGGCCGACGCCGCCGAUUUAAUCCGCGACGCCUCGCUCAACGACCGGGUCGAGCUCCGGGUCUUGGGUGACGUCGGCGCCAAGAUCCGCGUCUUGAACAUCGAUUCUCCUGGCGUUCAGGUUUCCGUGGAUUGUGCAAUCGUUAUAAGUCCAAGGAAGCAGUCUCUUACUUACAAGCAGUGUGGAUUUGAUGGAUUGAGUGUUUAGCACUCAUUCACCUAACAGUAACAAGUCCUCACUCUCUGGGUUUUUUUUUUCGUUCUUUUAAUUUUGACUCUUCAAAUUGGGAAGAGAAAUGAAAAGGUAAAAAAGCAGGGGGGUAAAAACACAAACAAAUCCCCCGAGUGAAUGGAGAGGUAGUAGUUUUAACAGCAAAGAGGAAAAGGAAGGAGAAGAAGAUUCACAAAUCUGGGAAUUCCAAAAUCCUUACUCCCAACAUUUUGCCCAACUCUUACUUUUAGGUUUGAUAUUGGUUUUGUUUCCUUCCCUAUUUUCUUCAAUUGUUCGUCUUGGAGGGUACUAAAGCUGCUAACUGCGUGUAAAUUGUAAAAACUCGAGCAUUUGUGCAUUCCCACGCCCCAUUGGCCAGAUCUCUUUCCCUUAUUACUA